AUGUUUUCUAGAACUUCUUCUCAUGUUUUGCAAGCUGCUAAGGCAGAGCUCAACAAAACCGGUGUGCGAUACACAGCUCAAUCUAAGAAGAAUAGAAUUGAAGUUCAAUUACUAAAAGAUUUCCCUGGUGUUGGUGUUAGGGGUCAGGUAGUUUCAGUUAAACCUUCUGCAAUGACCAAUAGGCUGUACCCAAAUAAUGGUGCUGUUUACUUGAACUACAAAGGUGCAGAACCUGUGAUUCCAGUUGUCUCCAAACAGGCGGCGCUGACAGCGGCAGCAGCAUUGAAGAGUGCUCAAAAGCAAAAGGAAAAACAGAACAAGGUUAAGUUGAACCCAAUUCUUAAGAAUGAAAUUGAGCAAUCAAAGAAAAAGGGUGAAACACUUUUAUCCCUUGAUGACUUAUUGGCAUUCGACGUCAAUGAUCUUACCAAGGAUCAACUCGAAUUAGUGUUUGCAAAGCUUCCGAAGAAAAUUGUUUUUGUUAAAAAGUCUACAGAUAAGGUUCUACAAUCUCCAUUAGAAAAAACUUUCAUUAUCAACCAAAUUGAGUCAACACUUAGUAGAUACCUUAAAGAAAAAGAUAUAGUCUCUAAGUUUUUCAAUUCCAGUGCAACCACUUUCACCAUUAAAGGCGAUUCUGAUGAAGAGUUAGCGUCAAUUUCAAAGUUGGGCGCUUACUAUGUGAAUGUUGAACACCAAGAACAGUCCCAGCUUAUAUCUGUUAUUGUUAACGAGAAAUGA